AUGAUUCCCAUAUUCGUUAUUUUAAUCUCCAUAAUUAUUGUUAUUAUCUUAGUUAAGAGUGUUAUAAAGCCCACAAAGUAUCCCCCAGGUCCAAAAUGGUAUCCAAUUUUUGGAUGCAGUGGUGUGGUCAAAAAAUUGGCGAAGAAACAUGGAUCACAAUGGAAAGGGCUUUCAUUCCUGGCCAAAGAGUUUUCUACAGACAUCUUAGGUUUGAAAUUGGGUAGAGAGCUGGUCGUUGUUGUUUAUGGACUGAAAAAUAUACGACAAGUGUUUACUGAAAAAGAAUUUGAAGGAAGACCCGACAAUUUUUUUAUAAGGUUAAGAUGUCUUGGAAAAAGAUUGGGAAUUACGUUUGUGGACGGAUUUUUGUGGAAGGAACAUAGACAAUUCACGGUUAAACAAUUAAGAAAUGUUGGCUUUGGAAAGACUAAAAUGGAAAAGGAAAUUCAGGAUGAGAUGAUUAAUAUUAUUAACUAUCUAGAGAGUAAUUCCCAUAAACCUGUAAAUCCAAUAAAUAUCUUGGCCAUGUCGGUAAUGAAUAUCUUAUGGAGCUACGUUGCAGGGGAAAGAAUAGAUGAUAAGCGCUUAAAACAUUUGCUUGGGUUACUUAAUGCACGAUCUAAGGCAUUUACGAUUGCUGGAGGCUUGCUGAAUGAACUGCCUUGGUGCAGGUUUAUAUUUCCCGAGCUAAGUGGUUAUUCUCUUAUAAAAAGGAUGAACGAGCAAAUAUCUAAAAUUAUUGAGGAAAAUAUUGAAAAACACAAAAAGAAACUGGUAGAGGGAACAGACUUUAUUUAUACUUUUUUGGAGGAAAUGGAUGCAAACAAAGAAACGUUUACAGAAGAGCAAUUAAAAACGAUAUGCUUAGACAUACUUAUCGCUGGAUCACAGACAACGAGCAACGUGCUGCAGUUCGCAUUACUUACUGUAUUGAGGAACAAAGAUAUGCAGGAGAAGCUUCACAACGAGAUAAGUCAAAAUUUGGUGGACAAAAUACCAUCAUGGUCGGACAGCAACAGGCUCAUAUACACUACCGCGUUUCUCCAUGAGGUACAACGCUUUUAUACAAUAGUACCGUUAAUGGGUCCACGCCGGGUCCUUAAUGACACAUUUAUAAAUGAAUAUUUCAUACCGAAAGAAACAACGGUACUCAUGGCAAUUGGUGAUUUACAUUUCGACCCGGAGAUAUGGAGCGAGCCGAGAAAAUUUAAGCCUGAGAGAUUUAUAGACGAACGGGGCGCAUUGAAAAAUACAGAGCAUUUGUAUCCAUUUGGCCUAGGUCGGCGAAGAUGUCCCGGGGAUGCUUUAGCCAAGUCGUUCAUUUUUAUAGUCUUCGUCGGUAUCUUGCAAAAGUUUCAAAUCGACUGCUGCGAUGGCACUCUACCAUCCGCCGAACCGAUAAUCGGUUUGAUUUCAGGACCCCGUCCUUAUUCGGCGGUUUUUACGCCGCGGCAGAAUAAA